AUGAUGAGACCUAAGGAUCUGCGCCAGGGCUCUGGCACCAAGACCUUCCUGGACGCCAUGCACGAUGGCAAAGUGCACCUGGCACGCUUUGUCCUGGACGCGCUGGACAACCGCAUAAUCAACUCCAAGACGGAAAAUGGCCGUACCCCUCUGAUGUUCGCCGUUUGCCUGCAGGACCCCGGGGGCAGGGCUAAGUUUACCCGCUUGCUGCUGGAAAAAGGGGCCGACGUGAAUUGCCAGGACGAGCACGGGCGUACCUCCUUGAGCCUGACCUGUGAGCUGGGCCACCUGGACGUGGUCAAACUCCUGGUGCAGUUCAACGCCGACCCUGAUGUAUCUGACGCCUGGGGGAACAGCGCCCUGAUGUACGCAGCCUACACCGGCCACAGCCACGUGCUGGAGUUCCUGGUCAGGGCUUUCAAAAGAAUGGGCCUGAGACUGGACCACACCAAUCAGGCUGGCCACUCUGCCAUCCAGGUGGCCAACUUCUUUGGGCACGACCAGUGUGUCCAGGCCCUGAACUCUGGGAGGAGGGGGGUGGUGUCAGAUGACCCACUAGGGGAGGUCGGAAUUGGGAAGGAGGCCGGGACAGAGCGGCAGCAGCCCAACAAGCUCCCCAGGCAGGUUCUGGAGAGGUUCUCUAAACAGUUCCACAGCCAGGAUGAAGACCAUCUGCCUGGCGUGUUCCAGAGACAGCUGAGGGUCGGGGACAGUAACAAACUGUGGGCGCGCAUCAGAUGCCAGAAUCAGUCCCUAGAUAGAAAUGGCAAUCACCUUGAGAGGGCCCUGUCGGAAGAAGAACAGGAUGACAUAUUCACAGCCAAACAGAUACAGAACCAUAAGCUACGGGACAUGGGGGGAGUUAAAAAACUAAGCCAUCACCCAGAGCCAUGCCAGAAAGAUGUCAGCAGACACAGAGGAAUGAAACUGGAGGUGCCAAAGAGUAUUCCACUCUGGGACAAAGCAAAGCCAUUUAACCUGGACCUCCUGAGCAGCAGAAAGCAGUCCUAUCAGGGUGAUAUGCGUGACAUGAGUCUAUCAGGCAGUAAAUUAAAGAGAGCCUCGCUGCAGGAUGAGAGAUCCCUGAUAGCUAAGAUUGAGUGUCAAGAGAGCACCUGUGAGGUGACAAACGAUGCUGACAAAACUGUCACGGCAUCAAAAGCACUUUUAAACUGUAAAAAUAAAUCUCAGAGAGCGCCCGAGGAUUCCACCAGGGCGCCAAAAAAUGAUAAUAAUGACGUCACUCAAUCAAGCAGGAGAGGGAGUCAGAAGCGCGGCAGCCUCCCGUCGAAUGGGCGACUCAACAAACUCCUCUUCCACAGAGCAGAGAUGGAGCCAGAGACGAUUCCUGUCCGUCCACCGGGGUUCACCGGGCUGGGGACCAGAUUACUGCGGCGAUUCACUGCCCCCGAGUUCAUGAGAAUGGUAAUUGACUGUUCCUCCGGUUCCUCACAGGGCAGAGGGAGGAUGUCCCGGUCCGAGACUUUUCCCUUUUCAAACACGCACCAGAGAGUUAACAGUCAGCCAAGCGUGGACAGCAUUAGCGGGGUGAAGUGUGAAUUUGAGAGCAGUUCCCGAGUUGUCUCCCUCGAGUAA